AUGGUGACAGAUCACGUGCUUCUUCGAUUAUCCGAUUUUGCGGACGAUCCACCAAUUUUUAUCACUGUUCGUACAAGAACAAAAGAAGGUGCCGUAUCAUCAGAUUCAAACGUUUGCCGUGUACCACGUGGUAUUACCAAUACUAUCGAACUUACAAAUCGUACCACAACAUUUGGCAUGCAAUCAAAUCCCUUGAAUUUGGUACAGACAAUACCGGCUACCGGAACACCACCACAACAAACAACAGUAAUCACUGAUCUUUUACAAACUUCACAAGGAAAUGCUGUUACUGCUUUAAUGAAUGAUUCGAUGAUAAUAUCACGUCCAUCAAUUGCAGCAACAUCAUGCGGUGGUCAUCAUUUUACACCUGGUAGCAAAAUGUUGGCAAGAUAUUCGGGUCACGAUCAAAUGCAUAUCGGUGAACAUCAUCAAUUGAUACAAAGUAGUGGUGUGAUAAAUGGUAGUAAUGAUAGUGGUGUACCGGCUAUCAAUAGCUCGUUACUCAAUGUAUCAGGAAAUGGUAAAUUGGGAUAUUCUGGUACAAGUGGAAUAAAUUAUGAUGAAUUAUUGAAAAAUUAUCAAACAUCGAUAUAUGAGCAAUGGAAAACGCCCAAUCAGUAUUAUAUCUUUCAUCCACAUGCAUUACGUCGUGAUUUAACAACCACCGAAGAAAAACCGAGUGUUCUCGAGAUGGAACAUAAUUAUCUUCUGAAACAUCGUGUACCACCAUGGACAUUAACAUCACAAAAUUCUCGAACUAGGUAA